UACGAUCUUCGACUUUUCAUGUGGAGUUAAUAGCAUAAAUUCACUAUAUUACCAUUUUUCUCAAAUCUAUCCCUCUAUUAUUUUUUACAUCAAACAUGCUUUCUUAAUAUAUAAUAUACACACAUCAUCAAAUUAAAUUUAGUCCCUUUUUAUGGCUUAUCUUCUCCAUCUGCAACUCCAAUCAUUAAUAACCACAAUCACAUCCUCUAUCUGUUCCGCUUUCUCUUCCUUCAACCCAACAUUAAUUAAACGCAAAAACUUGUUUUUCACAAAAGAACCUUGAAGAUCGACUUUUGAAUUUCAACCACCUUUUGAAAGUCCGCAAUUAUUGAUUGAUUUGACUCAAUCAUAAAAAUUAGAACCAAAAUUUUUUAGAAUAUCUUGAUUUCAAAGUAUCAAAGGUUGUCAACAUCGGUUUAGCCCGUUGGCCCAGUUGAUUAAGUGGGUUGAGGGUUAAUGGCUCAAUAAUUUUAGUCAGCUUUUGCUCGGAUAUAUGAAAAAUUCAUUAUAUUGUUAAUAUAUUUAUAAAUUAAAAAAUUCCAUCUACAUAUGGAUAAUAUUCUUCCUCGCCCUGACUAUCUACAUUUGUUUCUCUUUCUGCUACUUUUCGCUAUCCUUCUUCGAGCUCUUAAAAAGCACUCCAACAACAUGUAUUCAUCCCGAGAUGAAGGUCGCACUUCUUUGGCAGCUGUGUGUGUCAAAUGUGGAAUUAAUGAGGAAUGACCAAGUGGGAAUUGAGUAUGGGGUGUUUCUGAGGGAAGGCAAUAUGUGAUGGAAAGCGAGUUCUACCAUCGUCUCUUUGUCUACAGAAUUGACUCGACGAAUUUUUUUUUUUUAUAAGGGUGAUGAUAGAAUUAAUAAAACAAAAAGCAAAGUACAAGGGAGGAACUAGGAUCACGAGCACUGAUCCUAGACAAGAGUACAUAACAAAACAAAGCAAAAGGAAAGGAAAGGCGAACAACAAGCACUAGGUGGACCAGACCACCUCUGUGCACCAAAAGGAAACAAGAAGACCAAAGGGGACAGCGACAGCAAGAAGAAGCCGUCUGACAACAAGUACAAAAUCCCCAAACAGCCACCCAACACCCAACCGCCAAACAGCCGCCCAACAGCCGAACCAGACACCAAGAAACCUUCCAACUGGGAUCAGAAAAGAAACCCUGCAGUGCGCGAUCCACACCCCUACACAAUAGAAAACCAGCCAAUACCACUAGAGAGCUCGGGCUCGACAAGAUCAGGAAAACAGCAGCACAAUCAACUAAUUAACCGAGGCCUGAGAUGCUCGGAAAUCCAAUCCACCCCCUGCGCUUUACUGACUUUCCCAUGGGCAACAACCCACUCGACUGCCCACCUUAUUGCUCUUCGGAACACAUACUUGGAACUAUGAUUAAUGUCGUUGAAGGUUCGUUGGUUUCGCUCGAGCCAAACCUGCCAGCACACACCAUGGAAACUGCAGGCCACAAUCCACUCGUUGAUGUUGUUUGGACAAGCCAUAAUCCAGCCGUCUAUAGUGGCAGCAACAUCACCGCUCGGAAGACUAAGUCCUCGGCAAGCCAUAGCGACAUCCGUCCAAACACUUUUAGUGAAAGCGCAAUGAAUGAACAAAUGAUCAACCGACUCCUCUUGAAUGCCGCAAAGAACACACCUAUUGGCCAGCACCAACCCUCUUUUCUGCAUAUUGUCCAACGUCAGCACCCUCUUGUGGGCAACGAGCCAAACGAAAGCACAGAUCUUGCUCGGAAUGAAGCUUUGCCAGAUGAACUCGGCUGGGAACGUGGCCACCCCCGGGAAUCUGCUGCUGGUCAGGAACCUAUACAUAGAACAAACAGAGAACGUCGACUCGGGUUCCGGGGUCCAAACAAGUCUGCUCGGUCCACACGAAACCCGGCGACUGUCAACAGAACAAAGGACUCUCAAAAGAUUCAAACGCUCCCUCUCCGUCCCACCCCUUAAGGACACAGUAAGAUUCAAGUUCCAAGCAAUACCCUCACCUGAAGGAGUCGCAAUGUCGGAGAUCCAGGCGUUGGGAGAAGCGGCAGCGGCAGCGACUCUGGGGAAGGCGUCCGCAAGAACUAAGUUGGGGAUCCAGCAAUCCUUCCAGAAAGACACCCACGCACCACCUCCCGGAUCGACGUGAGCCGCUUCCCAAAAGCUAUUUGCGGAGUGAGAGCUAGAACGGGAGCGUAAGAGCGUAUAUUCUUUGAGAAUUAUAAUUUAAGUGCACCGAAAGAGCAUAAAUAUUAUAUUAUUUUAAUUAAUACAUCAUUUAACUUACUAACAUAUUUAGGUCAAAAUAUUACAACAAUGCAACGGAAAAAUAAAAAAAAAUCAUUUUAGUAGGAUAAUAGCUUUAAAUCAUCUUAUUAGACUAAAAAAAAGAACAAGCUUCAAAAGUUGAACAGAAACCCACCAAAAUUUACGAUAUUGUUUAGUUUUUUAUUGAAGUUUUUAGUUUUAUUUUUAUCAAAGGAAAAUAGAAAUGAAUGUAUCGUUUAUCC